AUGUCUACCCAUACUUCGAGAGCCAAAGCUUUGUUUGCCAUGCAGGACUCAGGUUCAACUUCCGAUCAUCCCCAGUAUCACCAAACCCCAGUUUGGCGCAGCGUUGCCUCAAGCAUCCUCGCAAAGUUCUCGCCAGGCUCCUCUAUCCAACAUAAAAUGGAUGUCCAAAACCAGCUGAUCCCAGGCGAUCUGCCGCGCCGACCGAAGCCAACUGUAUCUUACGCCGAGUCGGAGCCGUCUUCACGUUCCUCGUCCCAAAGUGAAGGCUUCUCGAACCCAGAUAACGACGAAGAUGAGGAGGACGAUGAAAUCAUCGAAUACGCCGCUGCCCCCCGCCGCCGUGCCCUGCGAGAGCGCAGACCCAACAUGUCACUUAAGGCUCAGGAGAACUCCGAAGCUCCAAAGCGGUCGAGGGGAAGGAAACAUAAUGCGGCAGAUAGUGUUGGAAGGGGUAGAUCGAGCACUGCACCUACCUUUAGCGAAAGAACUGCUAUCCGCCAUGAAAUUACGAAUAAAACGGCGGCUCUGAGAAGCAGGUUCUUCGUGGAGAAGAAGGAUUUCCUGCUUCCUCUUUUACCACCAAAUAACCAUGUUCGGAAGAUGGUUGAAAAGCAUGAACAGCUUUCCCCUGAAGAGUUGGCAGAACUUCCGGCUGUCACGCCAUAUGAAGAGAUCGGAACCCAGCCACGGGGGGUUACAGCUACUAUGAAGCCCUACCAGUUAUCAGGUCUUAGCUUCAUGGUCUAUCUACAUCGGAAUGGCCUGUCGGGGAUCUUGGGCGAUGAAAUGGGUCUUGGGAAGACUCUACAGACACUUUCGCUAAUACAAUAUCUGAAGGAGAAUGACCCAAAGACCGGAAGUGGCAAGCUACAGAGGCCCUUCCUCGUUGUCUGCCCUCUCUCUGUGCUGAGCAGCUGGAUGGCCGAGGCAAAGAAAUGGACCCCUAGUUUGAGAGUGGUUAGGUUUCAUGGUCCGAUAAAGGAGCGGGAUAAGUUGAAGAAGAUUGUCAUGGGGGAGAUUGAUAUGUAUGGCAACAUGACCCGCCAGGCCAGAUCUAAGUUCAAGUCCCGACGAAAUGCUGCCGGAAAAACCGUUGUUUCGCUGGAUACUGACUCGGAAGAUGAGAAAGACGUCGGCGUUGAUUUGGUGGUGACGACAUACGAUUCUUUCAAAGCCGAGCAGUCGUGGUUUAAAAAGGCGCUUAUCUGGCGAUAUGUAGUAUUGGAUGAAGGGCAUACGGUCAAAAACCACGAAAGUCUUGUUUCCAAAGCUUUGCAAGGCAUGAACGCAGAAUAUCGGCUCAUUCUUACCGGAACACCGUUGCAGAACAACUUGUCUGAAUUGUGGAGUCUCCUCCAUUGGCUCUAUCCUGAGGUAUUCGUUGGCAAUACCAACGAGCUUUUUGACAGUUCCUUUAACUUGUCGAAGGGGCAAUACUCCAAGGACGUACUGGAUAACUCUCGACAUCUUCUGGAGCUGAUUAUGCUGAGACGAAUGAAGGGCUCUCCAGGCGUUGAUCUUAAUCUUCCACCGAAGUCCGAGGUGCUCUUGUUUGUCCCCCUCAGUCCAAUGCAGAGGUUUUGGUACGAGCGAAUGAUAACCAAGGCCGAUCGAGGGCUCUUGGAUGAGCUUUUCAAGGGGUUGAAAGACAAAGAAGUUGAUGCUCUCAAAUCCAUGAAGGAAGGCGAGGAAAGGGAAGCUGGAAUUAUGGCAAAGAAACAAAAAGCACUUGAGAUGUUAAACGACUCCGUCGGCACAGAGGACGCAUGGAAGGAAACCAAAGCCAUCUUAGAAGAAACAGUCCAGCGCGAGCAGGCGAUGGAGGAAGAUGGUAGCAGGAAGUCCGCCUGGCAGAAGUUGAUGAAUCUCUUGAUGCAAUUACGCAAGGUUUGCAAUCAUCCCUACCAGAUCAGCCAUGCUGAGCCGGAUCCUUAUAAUGCAGGUGACCAUGUCAUCCACGCAUCGGGCAAGUUCAUUGUAUUGGAGAAGCUGCUCAACGAACUGGUUAUCAAGCAGAAGAAGAAGAUCCUGAUAUUCUCCGGCUUCACGAAGAUGCUGGAUUUGGUGGAAGAGUUGCUGUUGCUUCGAGGUGGCGAUGGAUCUUGCUACAGGGCAGUCCGUAUUGAUGGGUCCACGGCUAGAGCCAGACGAAACCUCUCUAUUCGCAUGUUCAACGACCUGAGCAGCGAUUAUCGAGUGAUGCUGAUCUCGACCCGUGCCGGUGGUCUGGGCAUCAAUCUAGCUUCAGCGUCUGAUGUGGUCCUUUUAGACCAAGAUUGGAACCCUCAAAUUACCCUUCAAGCUGAGGCUCGAGCCCACCGGAUCGGGCAAAAGAACCCAGUCACCAUUUACAAACUGGUUUCGCAAGGCACUGUGGAGGAACAAAUGAUGGGACGCAUCCAGAAGAAACUCUACCUGUCCGCGAAAGUGACUGAAGCAAUGGAGGAUAUACACACCAAAUUUGGCAACAACAAAAAGGCUAAAAAGGGUAGAUCAUCCGAGGCUGAUGACAAUAUGCCACAACUCAACACUAGCCAGCUCAUGACCUUAGUCCGACGAGGUGCUUCAGCGAUUUCUCGGCCCGAAAUUGAUGUCAAUGAGAUGCUCGCAUGGGACUGGGAAACCACUGUUAUGAAGUGCAAGGAUCAACCGACAGAUAUCAACGUCAAGAAAGAUGCGAUCCCAGAUGCAAAAGUUGAUCAGGAAGCUGAACAGAAGUGGUUGAGUGAACUAGAGCGUGUCGAAUCCUCCGUUUACGCUGGCAAAAAGCUUGCUCGAACAAAAAACAUCUCCAACAAGGAACUUGCCGAGGAGUUCGAUAGGGCCGAGCGACGGAAGGGCAAGAAUACCACGGUCAUGGUAGACGGGUUUGCUAUUUCGAAAGAAUCUAUGAACUGCAAGCAAUGGGAGGCCGUCCCCACAAUGGGGAAUAAAAAUGCAGCUUUUGCCGAGCCAAAGCGCGCCAAGAGAGCCCCUGUUGAAGCACAAUCACACUGCCAGGUCUGUCUUGAUGGCGGAGAAUUGGUCCUCUGCCAGCGCUGCCCUCGUUCUUAUCAUAUGAAGUGCUUGGACAAGGGGUUUCAAGCCACCGCGAAGGGCUGGCAGUUUAAUUGCCCGCAACAUGAAUGUUAUGAUUGCCUGCAGAAGACAACCGACGCCGGAGGAAUGUUGUAUCGCUGCAGGUUCUGCGAGAAGGCAUAUUGCGAAGAUUGCUUGGACUUCGAGAAGUCCACACUCAUCGGUGAUACUCUUCCAGAGUUUGACCUCCUCAACUACCCUGAAGCCACCCAGGCGUUCUAUAUCCAGUGUCAUAUAUGCGCCGAUCAUUUCGAACAAGUUCCAAAUGACAAAAAGAUGUGCGAAGAUGUGGCUGAGAGUGCCAGGAUUAGACAUGAAGAGGUAUUCGGUGAGCAGAGGGAGUCGAGCACUGGACCAGCAAGUUUGACCGAUGCCACAACCGCCGAGACGACUAGUGUGAAUACGCCGAUGGAAAUCGAGGACGACGAGGUUAUGUUCGUCCCGAAUAAAAACAAGCGAAAACUGGACACCCUGCACUUUGAGGUUCCCUUGAAGCGAGGGCGUUUGGGAGUUUGA